AACAUUUCGGUUAAAUCAAGAAUACUUUCAGAAUUCAUCACAUUUCUGAGCAUUUCUUCGCUUUUUCUACUUUUCCUGGCAAAAUGCAAACCGUCAAUGCAUCUUUCCUGGUCAGCAAGAUGCUUCUUCAGUGUUAAAAAUGAACGGUUAACGACUGAUUUGACUGAGAUACAACACCAACGUUUAAUAUCAAUAUUGUUUUUAGACUGUGAGGAAUCAAAAACACUUUCCCUCGUGUCCUCAAUGCCAGUGUGAGUUGCACGGCAAGUUUGGAUGCUUUCAGUGCAUUGUAAAUAGAAAACCUAGCUGUGUAGAAUAACACAGUACUGGUUAAUUGUGAUAUAUAUUAUGGUAUCGAGACCCAAGUAUCUGUAUCAUAUCAGGAGGUUCUCUCCAAUACUCACUCUUUAUUUACAGCUGUUCAAUGUCUGUCCUGAACACUUCACUCCUGGUUUAGAAAUACGACCACAAUGUUACAGCACCACUUAUGCCAUGUACUAUUUGCCAAUGUUGCAAAAAGAUGUGAUGAAAGAGGUGAUGGUGAAAAAGCUGCUGCCAUGCAGCUGGCUGAUAAAGGACUUAAUCCUCUUUCAAUGAAAUCAGUCUGCUGCAUCACCUCUCAUCACCUGCUGCCUUUGUGUUUCUAGCUCCAGUGAAACAGUGUCACAGCGAGUGGAACGGAUUCGCACACACAUUACAGUUCUGAAGUUGUUCAGCCCCCUGAUAACACUGAUAACUUGGUGUUUUUCACUUUUAUCUUGCUCCUUAUAAAAUCUACUUUUAAUGUGCCUUCGACGCCACAAACUCUGAAACUGUUCUUUCUCAUCAUUCUUUAAAAACAUUAACCAUUUUCAAAGGCAUUACAAUGUAAUACAAACUAAUAACUUAGUAAAACUAAACGCAGCUGAAGAGUUAGUCAUGUUCUCCGACAGAUUUAUUCUCAUUACUUAAAAGACAAAACAACUCAGACGGACCGUGUUGGUGCUGGUAGGGAUGUGGAAAGUGAUGGCACCCAUUCACAAGACUUUGCAUCUUAACAUACAUUAAAAUCUGUGGGCAGCAGUGUUAGUCAGUCAUUUUAAACGCUUUAUUCAGUGAUGGAUGUUGUUGCUUGCGUUCCAAGCAGGUUAUUAUGCUCUGCAGCCGCAGGCUUUAGGACCCAGGACCUCUGUCUGGCUGUCUCCCUCCUCCCCUCUGUACAGCCAUGCAGAUUCUAGCGCAGUGCUGUGGCUCAGCUGAAGCCUUCAGCAGCCCAACCUGCUGUUUCCUUUCUUUGCUGCUCUGUUUUCUUCGUCAGCGGGUUAGAAACUUCCUGGCUGAGCUUGGCUCCCUGCAGUCAGCCGAACAGGGAAGGGACACCGACCUGUGAGGAUCAGGAGAGGGAUGGUGUGACUCAGUAAAGAGUGGUGUAGCAUCACUGGUCCCCUCAUCUCUGUCUGAUACAACAGUUGGAGCUCAGGAUGCUACAGAGCAGACGGACGACCCGGACCAGCAGCAGCAGCAGCAGGAUGAGCUCAGACGGCGGUGGACGACCCGUCAAAGUCGGCUCCCUGGUAGAGGUGAUCGGGAAAGGACAGUGCGGCACGGUGGCCUACAUCGGCACCACAUCCUUCGCCUCUGGGAAGUGGGUAGGAGUCAUCCUAGACGAGCCCAAAGGGAAGAAUGACGGCACUGUGCAGGGGAAACGCUAUUUCAACUGCGAAGAGAAUCAUGGGAUAUUCGUAAGACAGUCCCAGAUCCAGUUGGUGGACGAUGGUGCUGACACAACAUCACCAGAGACUCCAGAGCCCAAUGCUAACAAGGUUCCCAAACGAGAGAUCACUGAGACGUCCAAGUCUUCAAAAUUGCGAGGACUGAAACCCAAAAAGGUGCUGCAUGUUUCCCUAACCUCGACCCCAACUGCUCGGAAGACCACGGCCAGAAGGCCAAAGCAGGCAAGUCGACCCACCAGCGGGAAGGGUCCACAGUCUGGAUCCGCCUCAGCCUCAGCAGGGGAGAUGAGCAGCAGCGAAGCCAGUACGCCAGCCCAGACCCCCCUUGCUGCUCCGGUCAUCCCCACCCUCCACUCCCCUGGAACUCCUCCAGUUCCAGUUCCCAGCAAGGAAGAGGAAGCUCUGCGGGCUCAGGUGAAAGAUCUGGACGAGAAGCUGGAGACCCUAAAGAUGAAGAGAACGGAAGACAAAGCCAAGCUGAAGGAGCUGGAGAAGCACAAGAUCCAGCUGGAACAGCUGCAGGAGUGGAAGAGCAAGAUGCAGGAGCAGCAGGCCGAGCUGCAGAAGCAGCUGAAGGAGGCCAAGCGGGAGGCCAAGGAAGCGCAGGAGGCCAAGGAGCGCUACAUGGAGGAAAUGUCAGACACAGCUGACGCCAUCGAGAUGGCGACGCUGGACAAGGAGAUGGCAGAGGAGCGGGCGGAGUCGCUGCAGCUGGAGGUGGACUCCCUGAAGGAGAGAGUGGAAGAGCUGACCAUGGACUUGGAGAUCCUCAAACACGAGAUAGAGGAGAAAGGUUCAGACGGAGCUGCGUCGAGCUAUCACGUCAGACAGCUGGAGGAGCAGAACAGCAGGCUGAAAGAAGCUCUGGUCAGGAUGCGGGACCUAUCGGCCUCAGAGAAGCAGGAACAUGUGAAGCUGCAGAAGCAGAUGGAGAAGAAGAACAUGGAGCUGGAUGCCUUCAGGGGCCAAAAAGAGAAACUGCAGGAAGAGAUGUCGGCGUCAGAGAAGACCAUUGAUGAGCUGAAAGAGCAGGUGGAUGCAGCGUUGGGUGCAGAGGAGAUGGUGGAGACGCUCACAGAGAGGAACUUGGACCUGGAGGAGAAAGUUCGAGAGAUGAGAGAGACGGUCUCUGACCUGGAAGCGAUCAACGAGAUGAACGACGAGCUGCAGGAGAACGCCAGAGAGACGGAGCUGGAGCUCAGAGAGAUGCUGGACCUCGGUGCUUCCCGGGUUCGAGAGGCAGAGAAGAGAGUGGAAGCCGCUCAGGAGACUGUUGCUGAUUAUCAACAGACCAUCCAGAAGUACCGAGAGCUCACUGCUCACCUGCAGGAAGUAAACCGAGACUUGACAAGCCAGCAGGAAGCUUCCGCCGAGCAGCUGCAGCAGCCGCCCGCAGAGAUGUUCGACUUUAAGAUCAAGUUUGCUGAGACGAAGGCGUACGCAAAGGCCAUCGAGAUGGAACUGAGGAAGAUGGAGGUGGCUCAGGCCAACAGACAUGUUUCUCUUCUGACCGCGUUCAUGCCGGAGUCGUUUCUUCGCCACGGUGGCGAUCAUGACUGCAUCCUGGUGCUCCUGCUCAUCCCCAGACUGGUGUGCAAGGCGGAGUUGAUCAGCAAACAGGCCCAAGAGAAGUUCGACCUAAACGAGAACUGUGUUCAGAGAACUGGACUGCGAGGAAGCGUUGGGGAGCAGCUGAGUUUCGCCGGCGGCCUGGUCUAUUCACUCAGUCUGCUGCAGGCCACGCUGCACAAAUAUGAGCAAGCCCUCGCCCAGUGCAGCGUGGAGGUCUACAAGAAGAUUGGCGCUCUUUACCCGGAGAUGAGCGUCCAUGAACGUUCUUUGGACUUCCUGAUUGACCUGCUGCACAAAGACCAGCUGGAUGAAACGGUCAACGUUGAGCCUCUGACGAAAGCCAUCAAGUACUAUCAGCACCUGUACAGUAUCCACCUGGCAGACCAGAGUGAGGACUCCACCGUGCAACUGGCCGACCACAUCAGGUUCACUCAGAGUGCUCUGGACUGCAUGGCGGUGGAGGUCGGGCGUCUUCGUGCGUUCCUGCAUGCGGGUCAGGAGAAGUCGGACUUGGCGGUGCUGCUGAAGGACCUAGAGACUUCCUGCAGUGACAUCAGACAGUUCUGUAAGAAGAUCCGCCGCAGGAUGCCCGGAACCGACGCGCCUGGCAUCCCGGCGGCGCUCACCUUCGGCCAGCAGGUGUCGGACACGCUGUCGGACUGCAGGAAGCACCUGACCUGGGUGGUGGCGGUGCUGCAGGAGGUGGCCGCCGCUGGGGCCCAGAUGAUGGCACCUCUGGGGGAGCAGGAAGGACUGUCUGCUGUCAAGCUGGAGGACGUGGCGUUCAAGGCCGGAGAGCAGAUUUAUGGGUCCCAGGGGACGAACCCCAACGAGUGCCUGCGUCAGUCCUGCAGCAUCGUCAUAGCAACCAUGAACAAGAUGGCGACUGCCAUGCAGGAGGGAGAGUACGACUCUGAGAAGCCUCAGAACAAGAACCUUCCUCCCGUGGACCUGCGGGCGGCGGCGCUGAGAGCCGAAAUCACUGACGCCGAAGGUUUGGGCAUGAAGCUGGAGGACCGCGAGACAGUCAUCAAGGAGCUGAAGAAGUCGCUGAAGAUCAAGGGAGAAGAGCUGAGCGAAGCAAACGUCCGGCUCAGUCUCCUGGAGAAGAAGCUGGACAGCUCGUCCAGAGACGCAGACGAGCGGGUGGAGAAGAUCCAGACGCGGCUGGACGAGACCACCGCGCUGCUGAAGAAGAAGGAGAAAGAGUUCGAGGAGACGAUGGACGCACUGCAGGCGGACAUCGACCAGCUGGAGUCCGAGAAGGCGGAGCUAAAGCAGAGGAUCAACAGCCAGUCAAAGAUGGGUGCAGACGGGCUCAGAACUGGCCAAUCAGGAAUCGCCUCCAUGGUCUCAGGAGUGACUGGAGUCAACCUCCUGUCGGGUGUGACGGCAGACUGCGGCCUGCAGGUGAUCGACUCGCCUCUGCUGACUCGACAGAUUGAAGCUCAGAGACUCUGCAUCAAGCAGCUGAAGAAUGAAAACAACCGGCUGAAGGCAGAGAAGAUGCGCGCCCAGCUGGCGUCGCUGCCACCGCUCCAGGUGACCAAACUGCCCUCCAGAGAGAACAGGGAAGUUCUGUCCAGCGCCCUCUACAGGAAGACCGACCAGCUGCUGGAGACGCUGCUCCAGAUGAGCGCCAACGUCAAAGUGGUCGACAUCACCGGCAGAUCUCCAGUGACACCUAGUGCCCAGCUACUGGAACAGACGGCCAGAAUACAGUCACUCCAAGACACGCUGGACAGACUGAAGGGCGAGGUGGCGGAGCAUGUGGUCAAACAGCAGCCUGGCGCUCGAGUGACGUCGGACUUCGCCACCUUCCCUUCCACCGCCUUUGUUAAGGCGACGGAGGAGAAGCAGGCCGACACAGUCCUGGUGGGUCGCGUGAUGGUACCGUGUCCGCGGGGUCAGGAGCAGGUCCAUCGUCUGGUCCUGUCGCAGCAUCAGCUGCAGCGGGUCCACAGUUUGCUGAGGAGCUGAGAGGACGUCAGCGCCACCUGCCGCCAUGACUCAGGUCACAUGACUGCAGAGCUGCACUUGGACUGACACUGGGUCGACAUUGUUCUCAAAUCCCUCCUGCAUGAAGUCUGACGCACAAAUACGAACCUUUUUAACGUCACAUGACAAAGAGCUUUAUUUAUUCUGACUCACGUCGCUAACUUGUUUUAUUGAAUCCUUCCGUUAUUAAUGCUGCGGUUCACUGAUGACUCUAACUUGUGUGUGUGUGUGUGUGGGUGAGAGUGUCCUGGAUGACCUGGAGACCUGCCUCCCAUCCUAAAUAGCUGGGAUACACACCAGUCUGAAACGUAAUUUGACAGAUGCCGAACCUUCCAUGACGACAUCAUCCGUCUUCUUAGCCGUGACUGCUGCUUUGCUGAUGGUGUGACAGUGAUGUGGUUCCUUACAUGAUAUUUAGAGCUCAUAAACUCAACAUGAUGCGGCUAAAUCUAUUGUUACUGCAGCACAGGUGCAUUGGACGAAACAUCUCUGGUGAAUUGUUGUGACCUUAGGGACAUUGUUAACAGAAGUAUAAAACAGUAUUAUCAGGUGUUGCGAUGCUUGACUAAUGAAGUUAUUUCAAGUGAGUUUUGCACAAUAAUUUAUCUUUGUUUCCUCACAGCCCCAGCGACUGAAACAGUUGCAGUUAAGGGAAAUGCGUGAUCAAGUUGUUUUAUGACUUUAUUUUGCACAUUUAUUUAUCAGACUAAAGAUCUACUGAGCCUUAAACCUGCUGAAGCCUUGCGUCCGUUCGUCCUGGUUUAGACUUCCCGUGUUGAUCUGUCUCCGCUUUGCUGUCGCUGUGUUUUGUAUGAAGCAGACGAGUGGCUCUGCAGAGUAUAAACGUGUGUGUGUCGUCCGUGAGUGAGCGCGGAUCAAUAAAAACCGACCAAGACUGCG